AAGUGUCAAGCUCAAAGGCUCAGCCUUCCAGGGGUCUAGAUCCAAUUCACCAUUUUCCCUUCUCCAUCAUUCAUCCUUCCCAACAUGCAUAUCAUCACAAGGCUGUAGAGCAGCCCACCCAAAGCCUCGGCUGCCAGACCCCAUUUCGAUGACCGAUCGGAUACGAAGCCGGAAAUGUCUACAUCUAGCCUUGGCUCCUCGGCGACGACCGCGACAUCAAAACCCACACGCGAUGGACCAUCACCACCAUCACCACCACCACAACCUGGAUUAACACGCGCGGCGACUCUCCCCAUCGAAUUACAUUCGCCGCGAUCUGCCCGAUCCCACCUUGCCCCCGAAGAUGCCUUCAACACAGCUCCGCCCUUGCGGCGGCAAUCGGGGUUUGAGCCAAACAACACCCGCGGUGAAUCGCGGUCGCGAAAGAUGAACUCGAAGCUCGGUAGUCGUAGUAGGAGCCGUCGGCGACGGCGCAACUGGAAGAAACUACUCUGGGUUAAGCAAUCUUACCCGGAUAACUACACGGAUCAAGCCACCUUCCUCGAAAACCUGCAGCGCAACCCGCGUCUCCAACCGUACGAAUUCUGGCCUCUCGUCGCCGACUCGACAGUGAUCCUACAGCAAGUGUGCUCCGUCACCAUAUUUGUAGUGUGCUUUGUCGGGAUAUUCCAAGACCGUGUGUCCCCCGUGGCCGUCGUGGGCUGGGGCAGCUUCGCGACAUUUAUGGGAUGGCUGUUGUGGGACUGGUGGGUUGGUCAGGAGGACGAGGAUGAAGCUUUGCAGAGGCGACGCAGCAACCGCAGCCGCUCGACAAGAGAGCAAAGCAGAAGAGGCCGCUCGAAUAUCGCCGGAGGUGGUACGCAGUCCGCCGCGAGCUCUGUGACCAAUCUAGCUGCUAUGGAGCGGACAUACCCACAAGGAAGUCUAGUGGUCACGCGACAGUCCCACUCUGCAUCGGCCUCAUCUCUUCAGUCCAACGCAUCGCAAGGCCGGCGAUCUUCCGAGUCUAUCGAGGUGCCGACUCAUCGUCCGUCUUCUCCCCUCCGCAACGGCAGGGCCAACCUUCGCCUCAGCACGAUCAAGUCAGCCAUCCUUAUCUAUUUCACCCUCCUUGGGCUAUCGCCCAUCCUAAAAUCCCUAACUCGUUCUACCUCAUCCGACAGUAUCUGGGCUAUGUCUUUUUGGUUAUUAGCGAUGAACAUCUUUUUCUAUGAUUACUCCUCCGGACCCGUCAAAUUCCCGGCCUCCCUCUCCACAAACGCCGCGUUAAUGGCGUCCACCGUGCUCGCCUCGCGGCUGCCAUCCACGGGGCAAGUGUUUAGCCUCACGCUGUUCAGCAUUGAAGUUUUCGGUCUUUUCCCCGUCUUUCGUAGGUACGCCCGGCACCGCAGCUGGAGAUACCACGUCGUGCUUUCCGUACUCCUCGUGAUCGGUGCCGGGGGCGGGGUCGGCCUAAUACUGAGCGGAGAAAAGGAUGACGUGUGGCCAUGGAAAAGCGGGCUCCUAGGGGUCUUGGUGGCGUCCUUCGUCGCCGUCGUCGCGAUGGGCGGCUGCAGCUGGUGGCUCAUUGGUCUCCAGAAGUAUAAGAACGCUAUCAACGGACCUUGGGACCAGGCUAGGCCCAUCAUUAUUAGCAGAAGGCUUUGGGACGACGAAUAAAUUGGGAUGAAAUGAUAGAGAGAGCCGACAAGCGAGUUGCUUUGUAUAUAGAUAACGUCGGAGCUCGAUAGCGAAAUGAACAUAGCAAACUUGUAUGAUAAACUACUAGAGCUGCGUCCCCUAGGACUAAUCUAG